AUGGAAACUAAGAAAUUCACAAGGAAGGAGCUCGCUGAGCGCAACUCCAGGAAUGACGCAGUUUUCAUCAUUGACAACCAAGUGUAUGAUGUCACAAAAUUCCUGGACGACCACCCCGGAGGUCACGAAGUGCUAAUAGGCGUCGCCGGUAAGGACGCGACCGAGAACUUCGAGGACGUCGGUCACAGUCUCGAUGCGAAAGAACUAAUGCAGAAAUUCCUCAUCGGUGAAUUAGUAGACGAGGAUAAAACAAAUGUGAAGAAACGCAAUAUUAACUGGAGCGCGGGAGACACGGCUGCAGAGUCGACCAGCUUUACGAGCUCGUGGAAGUUCCCAGUGUUGCUAGGCAUUAUCAUGACGGUUCUCUACACGUACCUGUUUGGUUAA